AUGCAGUCUUCCGCAAGCAAACGCGUACUGAGCACCCUCGCCUCCAAGAUCCACCCGCAGCUGCCCCUCUCCCCGCGUGAGAGUCAGCAGCUGCUCUCGUUGCUGACCAACUCCUUCCGCGCCCACCUCGACCACGCCCACCCCCUCGCACCUGCCGAGAGCAACCCAAAGAAAUCCACACGCGAGUUGACCAUCAGCUAUGGCCAACGCAAUCCCUCCGCGAACCGCGCGACGUCCUCGUAUGAGUCAGCGACUCAGCACAUCGACUCCAUCCUGACCAACCCUCUGUUUGCGGUCAAACCCCGUCGGAGGGGCUCAAGGUCUGCUGCCUCCGACAUACUGAGAGAGCCCAUCGUCUGGUUUGUCGAUGAGAUAGCUGCAGGUUCUGCCACUCUACCAAAGGCAGCCAUGUGCCUCGAGCUCCUCGAGAAGACCACGGGCCAAACCUCGCCACUCAAGGAUGGCAGAUCAUCUGCAACUGUACUCGUCGAAUGGCUCCGAACUAGCGGCUCAGAUACCUCGAAGCAAUUCCUCGACAUGUCCAUCUUGAAGACUGGACGUGGCAGUAAAUUCCUAGACAAGUUGGUGGCUCUCUUCGUGGCUGAAGGCGAGACCACCGCGCUCUGGCGCUGGUUCAUCCGGCCAAACGAACAACGCGUCAAGGAGACUGGAUUAGACGUGACACGCAUAGCGACCUUCAGACAACAACUACUGGCCAAGAUGGUUGUAUUCGCGGCAGACAACAGCUUAGCGAGCGGUCUGGCUAUGUUCAUGCAGGCCUUCCGCCUUGUGGAGAAUGCCGGGCACGAAGCAGCCUACGAUAUCCUAAGAUCCGCCGGUGGCCACCUGGUGAACCGGAUCAUCUCCAAUACCGACGAUAUGCUCGAACCCGAGAUGUAUCAGUCGUUCCUACUGUCAACACCACGGUGGCUAGGGGAAUGGAGUCCGGCAGUCGAGUCAAUGCUCUGGCUACAUCACCCUUCAACGCCCAGUACGGGCCCUGGACUUCAUUUCGUCCAGAACCCUGCCGGCGCCAUCAGAUUCGUUGAAGCAUCCCGGAGUCGACGGAAUUUCCUUGUCCAGCUCUGCCUAGGGACCGCUCGGCAGCUGAUGGAGCAGGAGAAUUUUGCUGAAGCGCAGAUCGUGAUGCAGUUCACAAAAGAUCAUUUCGCUGAUGUUGUUCUACCGAAAGAAGCAGCCAUUGAGCAGCCAAAGGAAGACUCGAGGAAAGCACGCAGGGAACAGGAAAAUCUGCGGCUGUUAGAUCGCCUGGUCCUGACUUGA